AAACAUAUUAAAAAAAGAUUUUGAAAAGGAGAGAGAGAGAAAGAGAAAGAGGAGAAUCAUGGAUGAUCUCUAUUUUAAAAUCAACAUAAAUGGUGCUCUCUACAUAUAACAUAGCUAUAGAGUACAAGGAACUCCAAGUCUCAACUGUCAGUUUGAGUUGUAGCUGACAACAGAAACGCGAAAGUAACCCCCCUUUCGUCAUCAAUCACUUUAUUGCACAAUUCUCAAAUUCCGCCAUACAUUAAUUAUCAAUUCAACAAUUUCAAUCUCAAAUUCAAUUUCAAUUCGAUUGAUCUCUCAUAUAAACCCUAAAAAGCCGCAAUUCAAAGAAUUCAGCAAACCUAAUCAAUACAGAGAAAGUGUGAACGAAACAAUGCAGAGUCGGGGAUCGAGUCACCGACUCUCUGGUUCGCCAAUUAGGUCUCGAAUUUCUGCUCUUAUGCUUGCUAUGUUCGCUACUAUGGCUUCCGUUUACGUUGCUGGAAGGUUAUGGCAAGAUGCAGAGAAUAGAGUUUAUCUUAUCAAGGAACUUGAUAAGAGGACUAGUCAGGGGCACACAACUAUAUCUGUUGAUGACACAUUAAAAGUUAUAGCUUGUCGCGAACAGCAAAAGAAGUUGUCAGCCCUUGAGAUGGAGGUGGCUGCUGCUAGAAAAGAAGGAUUUGUUACAAAAUACUCUAAGGGGAAUGAUGUUACUGGUAAGAAGAAACUUUUAGCUGUUAUGGGAAUUACUACACAGUUCGGGAGGAGGAGGAAUAGAGAUGCCAUUCGAAAGGCAUGGAUGCCAACUGGAGCUGCAUUAAAGAAGCUAGAGAAUGAGAAGGGCAUUGUUUCAAGAUUUGUAAUUGGAAGAAGUGCAAACCGUGGAGACAGUUUAGACAGAGAGGUUGAUGUUGAAAACCGGCAGACCAAUGACUUCAUGAUCCUUGAUGAUCAUAUAGAGGCACCAGAGGAGAAUCCUAAAAAGACAAAAUUGUUUUUGGCUCAUGCCGCUGAAACAUGGGAGGCUGAGUUUUAUGUCAAAAUCAAUGACGAUGUUUAUGUUAAGAUAGAUGGCCUUGCAGCUGUUCUUUCUGCAAAUUUGGAUAAGCCUCGUAUAUACAUUGGGUGCAUGAAGUCGGGGGAGGUUUUUUCUGAGCCGGGUCACAAAUGGUAUGAACCAGAUUGGUGGAAGUUUGGUGAUGGAAAAUCGUACUUUCGACAUGCUUCUGGUGAGGUUUUUGUCAUAUCGCAGGAAUUGGCUCAGUUUGUAUCAAUAAACAGAUCUAUUCUUAGAACCUUUGCCCACGAUGACAUCAGUGCUGGGUCUUGGUUUAUUGGACUUGAUGUGAAGCACAUUGAUGAAGCAAAGCUUUGCUGUUCUUCUUCAUCAUCAGGGGCUGUAUGUGCAGCUGUUUGACUUUGCAUGUGGGAAUUUUUGUAUCUACACUCAAUAUAGACCUUAAUGAAGACCACUCUUGGCCCUCAACACACGGACCGUGAUUGACUGUGAAUGACAAAUCGCUGCUACUGUAAGUUCAUUUGUCUAUAACUAGAGGAAAGGACAUCAGCAACGACCAGCUCAUCUUCUGUGAUCAUUUAUCUAACAAUUGGAUAUCUGACAAUAGAGAGGAUAUUUUUCAGUCAUUUUGGGACUCAUAAACGUUCGCUUCUCUUGAUAGAUAUCUAACUCUUGGAUAAAAAGCGUAUUUCUUCUUAAAAUAGGUCAUCUCGGACCCGGUAAAACUAUUGAUCAGAGCUUGUUUCACAGACCCUCAACAUUGCACACAUGAAGGGAAAUAGUCUUUUCCCCAUUACUGUAAAUCAUAUACCCAAAACACACACAUACAACUUGAAGGAAAAUGUUUUUCCCUCUGCAGAUUCUAUUAGGGCUUAGGUAGAGUUGAAGAACUUGUAUUUCAUUUGAGAUUCUUGAAAUUAAAAAACCAGAAAUAAUACUUUUUCUUUUUUCUGA